AUGCCCUUUCAUUCCGACAGAACAGCGGCAUGUGCUGUCGGCGCACUUUAUGGCAGCCACUCGAAGGCUCGAGGUCGCGAGCGUGCGCCCAGUCAGGGUCGGCUGCAGAUACUGGGCUUUGCGCUCUAUUUCGUUGUGGUCUGGCCGUCGGUCCGUAGGCACACCUACGGCUAUUCCAUCAUUUCGAGGGUGGCGGUACCUUGGUGGACGAUGAGAGAUCACUUCCAGAGCAAGGAGUUCCGGGGAUACGUGAGCAGCACUCACUUCUGGGGUCCGGUGUUCGACUGGGGCCUUCCGCUGGCUGCCUUUAAAGACAUGAAGGCGUCGCUGGAGAUCAUCAGUGGCCACAUGACGACAGCGUUCAUCUUGUACUCGGCGAUCUUCAUGCGCUUCGCCUACCGCGUACAGCCUCGAAACCUGCUGAUGACGUGCCACUGUACCAACGUGAUGGCGCAGAGUGUGCAGGCCAGUCGCUACCUACUCUACUACGGCGGCGGCGCCGAGGCUAAAGCCCGCGACCCUCAGGUUACCGCCGCCGCCGCCGUCGCGGCUGCCACCAGCCCGGCUUCCCAGCCCCCGAAACAAGCUUCUUAAGAACUGAGAGGGCGUGAUCUCAUCUCUGCAGGUCACAAGCACUGAACUGUCAUUCCUCCUGAAACAAGGCCAAUGAAGACCUCGGUUUUGACUCUCAAACAGUGCGAAUCUGACUUAAAACUGCAGUUUGAUUAAUAAAGAAAUACAAAGUAACA